UUCACGGCGUUCGCCCACAAAAAAAUGUCUAAACGAAUUUUCUCAAGUUUUUUCCUAAAUUUCAAGCGAUUUUUACAUCAAAUAAGUGACUCGCGGUUGUAAUUAGACAAGUGUACAAAGUAAAUGUGUGUUAUUUCGUCAAAAUAUAUAGUUUUUUAGAGAAAAGUGGUAAAAAAUGCACUGUAAGUUUUCGGGAGGAAAAGUACACUCGAAAAAGCGAAUUAUAUAUUUUUUAUGAUAAAAUCGGUAAAAUCUAUAAAAUUCGGCGUCAAUUUGAUAAACAAUCGUGAUUACGAUAUUUUCCUAUAAUGAAUAAUUGAAAAUCGGGAAAAAUGUUAAUUAUUGCAUAAAAAUAGGUUAGGGGCGGAUUAGCAAAAAAAGUUUCAUUUGCUUUUUGUAGAUGGCGCAGUAAACAAUUUUAAUGGACAAUAAACAAAGCAAUGUAUAGCGAAAAACGGUUAAAAUUUGCAUUAUUAGUUCGAAUUAUGCACUGCAACAACAAUAUAAGGUUUUGUUGUAACAUAACCUUCAAAAAAAUAUCGCUAAUCAUUGAAGUUGAUCAUUGAUGGUGUAAGAGAAUUUUUUUUUUCCCUAAUGCGUUUUGAAGUGACUAUUAAAAGAAAAACCGCACGAUUUAAAAAAAAAUCCAAGCCCGGAGGUCAUCGACAAAAUGGGUGUGUUCGUAUCAAGGGCGUUACUGUGGGGGAGGAGUAACGUUAUUGGGAAGGGACAAUCGCUCCAGAACAAAGAGUUUUAAGAGGGGGAAGCAGCACGGAGCUCAGAGCAUGAUGGCAAAUUCUGCAGUUACAAAAUAGACGUCGGACGGUAAAUAUGUUACAACGUUUGUUAAAAAUUGCUCUAAAAAAAAAAGGAAAAUUGUAAAACGGAAGUGAAACUUGUAUUUCUUUUUGCAUUCUAAACUUAAAGAAGUGAACGUUUAUCACAAAAUAGUAAUAGGAAGUUUGUGAAUAUUCGAAGUUUAGUGCGGAGAGAUUUGUAUCCGACGGGCAGCGUCUAUAGCUGAGUAGGCAUUUCUUUCCUGUUGCAGUUCAACUCGUCUAAAGUGAAACAAGUGUGAACUGUUAAUUCACAAUUAUUAUUGCAAAUCGUAGUUUUAUAGAGAGAGUUUGGUGAUCGAUCGCGUCCCUGGGAGUUGAGGUCGAAUCUCGAUCCAGCUUUAAAAGCUAGCUCGCCGACCCGGCCAUCUGUAUUAAAGGGAAACUCUUCUAACCAUCACGAAACUCUCAAAGUCAAUUUCCGUUUUCUUUUUCGAAAAAAAUCCUUCUGCUAACAUAACCUCAAAAUUGAGGGAUUGGAUAACUAGGGAGUAAACUUUGAAGGGGGAAUUUUUUUGUGACUGUCAGCGACGGCAACUGUAAGAUAUGCUUAUAACGAGUUUCUCGAAAGAUUCCGCAACUUUAAGAAUGGAAUUUUCCAUUUAGUCAUUUAGUGUUAGUUGCAGUGCGUGAAAAGCAAAAGGGAAGUGAAAAUGUAAACAAUGUAGAAUUUUAAGUGUGAGCUUGGGCUCGGAAAGUGUUUUUUUUCCUUUGGAUUUUUAGUUUCUUCCUCGCAAUUCUUGGAUUAAAUAAUAAUAAUAUUUCGUGUAUGGUGUGACAGCUCGUGUAUAUUUAUUGGAUAAAGUGCGUGUCUCUCUAUUUAAAAAAGAAGAAUACAGGGAUGUGAGAGUGUACUUUAAAAGCAGUGUGCCAUUCGCAAAGUUUUCGAUACAGGUGUUGCAUUGUUUCGUCUGGGAUAUGCCCUUGAGGGGAUAGUUUUUUUGUUUCUCUUUUGGAGAAUGGACCCCAAACUCGGGAUGAAGCAUCUCCAGGGGUUGUCCGUCUAGUCAUCACAGUGGAGUUCUGCUUGAUCGCAGCCUCGGGAGGGUGUGGUCCAAUGUUGGUCCCUCCCGUGGCCCAAGGUGGGACUGGAGGUCGUCCCGUGGGAGACACAGGGGUUUCGAGGGGACAACAGUCAUCAGCGGGAACCACGGCUUUAUGGCCCCUUGCACCUGCACAACCCAAUCAACCACCGAGUCAACAGUCUCACGCCACUCCACCCCUUGCUGCCACCCCUGCUCCAGCUCAUAAUCAAGGUGUGAACCGCUACGGAUUGUAUUCGUUAUUCCCAGGGGGUGGCGGGGGCAGUUACGUCGCAGCCACCCCGGCCACCCCUGGACCGCCAACUCCAGCGACAGCUCGAGCUUAUCACGCGACAACUCACAAGGAACGCACAGUUUCAGAGAGCGUGUUCUCAGCAGCAGUCGGGGUGGGUGUGGGUGGCUACACCUGGGGUGCUCCCACGCCGCCCCCUGGCUCACCAUACAGUCCCGUUCCCGUGACUCAGCUCGAGCUUCUUGCCAAAAAUUUGGCUAAUCUCGCUGCGCCCACUGGACAGCAGGCACUCAGCCUCCAAGGAGUUGGAGCCGUUAAUGUUGGAAGUCUCCAUCACGCUCAACACACUCAGCACACUCUCAAUCUCACUGGACUUCAUCAUCUCCAUCACGGUGGACUUCAUCAGAAUACAUUUUCACCUCAAUUGUCAUUAGUGACUGGGAAUCCGCCAACAUUAACAAUAAACAGUUUCUCAUCGCCAAAUUCAACGGGCGUACCAACAACGGGCGUUCUUCUGCAGGAGUACCAAUCGCCAACUGGCUCCAACACCACAAUAUGUUCACCAUCAUUGAAUUCGCCUACGUGUCCAACGGGAACCAACAGUCAUUUGAGCAGCAUGAAUACAACAAUGGUCGUGCAAGGGGCCCAAACAAGCAACAAUCUCGUUCAAGGGAGCGCGAAAAAACGCGAGGCUUUCCUACCAACGCAAGGACAACCUGUCAAACUUGAGAACAAAACUAAACAGCCGUGCUUCUGCAAAAACACCAACGGAAAGACAAAAAUUGUCCAUUCGGACGCGGGAUGCAGUAGAACCUUGCCAGUUGUCUCAUCGUGGAAUGGACAGGACGUCUCGUCUAUAAAUGUCACUGAUAGUUCCAAUUUGAGCAGUUUAGUCAAAAGGGAACCACUGGCUUCCGUUCCUUGUCAAGUUGCCGAGGUAUCGACUUCGCUUCAUGCAACAACGACGGCUGUGAAAAUUGAACCUGUGCCACCAAAGUCUGAAAAUGGAAUAGUACUCUCGAACAUAGGAGCAGGUGGUAUACCUGUUGGUAUUGCACUAGCAAGACAAAGACUGCAGCAUCAGGAAACGUCCUCGUCAUCAGUGCGUAACGUCUCUCUGAGUCAUCAUACUUCUCAUCACGCGAGUUAUCAUCACUUUCAACCCGACAAUUUUGGUUCAACCACGGCCAUGGCAAUGGGAGGAACAACGUUGGUGCAUUGCGGCCCUGGAGGGGAGGAUCGUACCUCCCACUUGGCUAUUCCCUCUGGAGGCGGAUUACCGCCCUCUUUGAACGCCGCCCUCAGCUCCAGCCUGAAUUCCAACUUGGGAAGCAUUGGUGCAGCAGCGGCGACUACCGCUUCCUGGCCCCCAACGCUUUGGCAAUAUCCAGCCGCCGCCGCUGCUGCUGCCGCUGCCGCAGCAAUGCCAAUGGAGCCAGUUGGAUUUCCUCAAGUUGGAGUUGGUUUACAAUUAGUUAGAGAUCCUACAACUGGACACCUUCUUCUUAUACAUUCUGCCGAACAAAUGCAACAGGCGGUUGUGUGGCCAAAUUAUCAAAAUCACAGUAGCAAUAAUGUGGGAGCAGCGCCUCCGCUUCUUCUUCCACCUCCACCGCCAUCAUUACAACUUCUUGGUGACAUUAAUGGAACAAGACUAGUUCUUGCUGACAACAAGAGAAAGCAACAGGCCAGUCUUCCAAUAGUCAAAAUUGAGGCUGAUUGUGGAAAUAGUCCAACUGCCAUUAUCAGUUGUAGCGCCGACUCUUAUCUACUUGUAGCAUCGACCGAAUCAUCAAAGCAACUGCAGACAGUAUCAUCAAUGACGGGUGCAUUAGUUCCGGAUACUCCCUUGGUUACGACUCUACAUUAUUAUCCUCAUACUCCAGCUUUAGUACAAAUAAAUCAAGCAGAACCGACACACUGCAGAUCUCAGCGAAAUGCAUUUCUUUCAAAGGCCACGUCCCCGGUUUCCUGUUUGACACCACCGCCGGAAGUAUCUAUCCAUGCAAUCGAUGCACCGGAAACAUUGCCCGUUGGCGUUCAGGACGCCUCGAAUCAAACUGAGGCCUCCGAGAUGGACGAGGAACUUCCAUUGAUUGAACCAAUUGUCAAACAAGAACAAACCAUGAGUCCCUGUCAUUUACAAACUGCAACAACGACAACGAAUCUCACUAAUUUCGAGAUUGUCUCAUCGACGCCGGAAAAAAUUUGCAAUGUCGUGAGAAUAACAACGACGAGCGUCAAUUUGGGAAAGGUCGAUAAAGCUGAGAAUACGAUUAUUAAUAUGGCAGAUUGUACAAAAUAUUCAAUUGCUCGCGAUGGAAGAACUGUGACGUCAAUUGACAGGACUAUUGAACAUGUCAUUAAUUGUCAUGAGGAACGAAGAGAAUCGUUUGUUGAGACCAAUGAACAGGAGAAGAGAAACCAAGAUGAGGAUUUCGAGGAAGAACGUGUACGAAGUGGGCCGAGAAUUAUUGAACUCACAGAGGAGAAUUGUGAUAGUUUUCAUGAGAAUCUUGAAUUCUUCAGUCGACGAAGGGAUCGAAAAUCCUAUUCCGCCGAGGAUCUUAUUGAUCAAGGGGACGAGAAAGCAAUCACUGAGAAUCAACAGAAUUUGAAAAAUGUGGAAGAAUUGCAAACCGAAGUUAAUUCACUACCAGUGACGACAGAACUCGAUUCCACUUAUAAUGAACCAUUGAACUCAACGACAGAAGAAAAAAUCGAGAGUCAAACUCAAGUAAAGUCCUUCGACAUGCCAUCGAUAGACGACGAUCACGAAAUUCACCAACUAUCAAUAGCCCAACCAGAAAGUGAAUCAAACAAAGCCAACGACACGCCAACAACGAAAAGUACACCAGAAAAAAUAAAAAGUUCAUCAGAAUUGAAAAAAGGACAAGAAAAAUUUCAUCCCGGAAUUGAGAAUGUUGUCGAAAAAUUAAAAAAACACGCUGCUGCUGUAUUACAUGACAACGAAAUAAAAACGAAGGAACAAUCCACAAAUUCGGUGGAACCACAAGAAGUGGAUUCAAAAAAAUUACAAAAUGGUCUCAAGAAACUUAUACUGCGAUCGUGUGAGAACUCUUUUGAAAAAAUUGGUACUCCCGAUCAUCCAGGUGUUACAAUUCCCAAUCAUGAUUCACCCCAAUCAUUGGAGAUUCCUGUCAGUAAUUCAAUAAUUCCUGUCAGUAAUUCACUAAUUUCGGAAAAUAAUAAUAAUAAUAAAAAUAAUAAAAAUAACAAUAGUAAAGAUAAAAAUAAUCAAAAUAACUUCCCAGUGAUAGAGAGUGACGAGAAGAAAAAUUCCGAAGAGAAAUCAAGUGAAUUCACCUUCACGACUGUUGUUGAAGAAGGAAAAGUGAAAAAUCCAAAAAUUAAGAUGAACGUCGAUUUGAGUGGUCUGGAACUUUUAUCGAACAGUAUCGAGCAACUUGAGCAUUUAAAACCCGAAACUGUUGUUCUUGAAUCAGAGAAAUCGCCAACAAAAUUAAAAUCAAUAUCACAUGGUGAAAAUAAUAAUAAUGUUGAUAGUCCAUUGGGUUUAUUGUGCGCUCUCGCCGAGCAGAGAUUUAUGGAGGAAGUUGCCGAUUCAGAGCCGAAGAAAUCUCUAAUUGAUAAUUCGGAAGAAAUUUCUCAAGCCGGACAACUUUUAUUGAAUCUCGGUAAAGUUUCAAUGAAAAAGGAAAAAAUUGCAUGCUCGGAGAAACGUAAAUAUCCAAUGACAACAAAUGAGAGUGGCGAUUACGAGGGUUUAAAGAGAUUAAAAACUUAUGCAUCACGUCAUGAGGAAGUUGCAUUCGAACAGAAAGAGAAUGCAAAACGAAAUAUCGAUUUUUCAUCAAUGAACGAGACAAAUCUGGUGGAGAAAUUAAAUACAAAUUAUUUAAAUGGCGAUCUAAUGGAGUCGGAUAUUGAAAAUGAUGAUAAUGAUGAUGAUGAUGAAAACGAACAUGAAAAUGAUGAAAACGAAGAUGAAAAUGAUGAUGAGAAUGAUCAUGAGAAUGAUGAAAAUGAUGACGAAUGUGAUGAUGAAGAGAAAGGAGAUCGUCAAUCUUCUUCCGAAUUUAAUCAUCAUCACUAUAGUACGCUUGAGGCGAAAAUGGAAACGAAAAAAUUCCUCCGAAGAAAAAGUCACGCGGAUAAUGAAGCUGAUUUUCCGAAUAUGGACGCAAUGGAGUUGGAUAUGCGAGUACGAAUGGCGGAUAUUCAAAGGCAAUACAGAGAAAAGCAAAUGGAAUUAUCGAAGCUCACGCCUAAAAAGGAGGAUAAAAAGUCCUUCAUUAGGGCGAGAAAGAAGAGUCAGUCUUCCUGCUCGGAGAGUGGAAUUAUGUCGCCAACAAUGCACAUGGACCAUAUGGAGCCUAAAUCUCCUCUGCAUUCCCCUGAAGAAGCAACUUCAUUGACUCCAAGUGUACUCGCAAAAUGUAAUGCCAAUUUGAAAAAAAUUAACGAGCCAAGAAGCCAUAUUAAAUUGUUGGAUAAUAUACCGAGCAUUGUAACACCUGUGGAUUCUCCCAUUACAACUCUUACGACAAGUGUUCAAGAGGAUGAAGAUAACGGGUCGACGGUGAGUUGCGAGACACCUUCGCCAGUUUCAACUGCAACAAGUUCAAGAAGUUCGGCUUCGAAGAAACGGAAAGUCGGUCGUCCCAGGAAGUUAAUGUGCACUUCUGGAAGUUCAAGACAUUUUACCGAAACAAUUGUUGCCAAAAAGCCGAAAAAUAAAAAUUCUCUUGUCGGCUACUUGCUGAAUGCAAAAAAUCGACAUCUUCAAAGCAAGUUUGUGGGAAAAACGGGCUACACACCACUUCCCUUUAAAACCGGUCUCUCGUCUUCAAAAUCAAAUGGCAAAAGUCAAAAAGCCAUGAAGUCAAAAGUCAAACCGGCAAAGCAGACUCCUCUUCAUAAUAAGAAUGUAAUUAGUUCAAUUAUUGCUGAAAAGGCAAAGCUGAGUCAGGUUUCAAAGUUAGAGAAACAGGGAGGUAAAGUCAAGCCGAAAUUAAAAGCCGAGGCAAAACUAAAAACUUGGGAGGAUGAAGAGAGCGCUGAUUGGGGCGGAAUUGAUAAUCUACAAGUAAUGAACGUCCCGGAAAUUCCAAAGAAGUGUUUAGAGGAAGUUGUAAUGGAGAAAGAGGAGAAGGAAAAUGAAGAGGAACGUCAUGAGAAUGAUGGUGAUGAUGAUGACGAUGAAGAAUUGGAGAAGCAGAUUGAUAAAUCAAAGAAGAAGAAGCGUAAAUCUAGUUCGUCGUCACCAAAUAGACGUAAAUCGAUUGAUCGAGAGAAAAAGGAAGCUAAGCGACGUAAAUCGAAUGAUUGUAAGGAGUGCAAGGAAUGUGUGAAAGCAGCAAAAGCUGAAAGAAAUGAGAAUAUCGUAAAUAAAUGUAAACUGACAUCGGCACAUCUUGCAAUCGAUCAACUGAGAGUUCUUACCGCGAUGGGAGGACUCUUUUAUGCUGGCCGUUUAAGUGCAGUACAAGCUCCUGACAUUUAUGCAAUAACUCUCGACGGAGAGAGAGGAAAUCGACCUCAUAUUCAUUCACAAGAAGAAAUUCUCCGUGAUGCCAUAGUAGAAGUUUGUCCAUCGUCGACGAAGGAAUUGCCACCGGGAACGAGACUUUGUGCCUAUUGGAGUCAACAGUACAGAUGUCUUUAUCCAGGCACUUCGGUAGAACCCACAGAACCGGAUCCGGAAUUAGAUGAAAAAUUCGUGAGCGUUGAAUUUGAUGAUGGCGAUAGUGGAAGAAUCGCUCUCGAUGAUAUCAGACUUUUACAACCUGAUUAUCCUGUCGUUGAAUACGAUCCAAAUCCUCUGUUAUCAUUGGGAAAACGUCGAAGGCAAACUUCACUAUCAACAGAGGAAAAACGUCUAUCAACAUCAUCACAAGGAAAUUCAUCUCAUUCGUCAUCAAUUGGUAAUUUUUCAUUUAAUUCCAUUGUGAAUUCAUCAUUGUCUUCCGAAGAAAAAUUAUUGGAACAAAGAAAUCCCGAUGAGACAAGUGUAAAUCUAACUGACGACUAUUGGGAACGAAAGAGAAUGAAGAAGCGAAGGCGGGACAAAUUAAAGAGACUCCAGGAAAGUCAGGAGGGCAAAAAGAAACACAAGAGGCACAAAUGUUGUGAAGAACAUCGCAAACACAAGCACAGAAAACACAGGAAGCAUAAACACAAGCACAGUCAUCACAGCAACAGUGAAGCCAGUCAUAACAGUGGCGGUGAAAGUUGCUCAGGACAGAAAAGUGAGGAAGAAUUAUUAUCGAAUGUGAAUUCACAAUCACAAGUGGAAAAAAUUAAUGACGGUGCUCAUGUUGAAGAAGAGAAAUAUAUUUGGAGAAUUGAACCCACAAAGAGUGAUGUGCCAGUUUCUGAAGAGGCGAUUGUUGCAGUGAAUGACGAGCAAAAUGAAGAGAAUAAAAUUGAAAAACAUAAGAAGUUGGAGAAGAAGGCGGCUAAGCCACGCGAGAGACAGGAAUCAGUUGAGAGUCGUAGUAAAAUGGCUGCAUUCUUGCCGGCGAGACAAUUGUGGGGUUGGGCCGGUAAAGGUUAUCGACGACCCGGAGCAAAGGGACGCGCCAAGAAACAAUUUUUCAAAGCCAUACAAAGAGGCAGUGAAACAAUACAAAUUGGUGACAGUGCAGUAUUCCUAUCGACAGGAAGACCCGAUCGUCCCUACAUUGGCAGAAUAGAAUCCAUGUGGGAGACUUCCAGUUCAAAUAUGAUUGUCAAGGUCAAAUGGUUUUAUCAUCCGGAAGAAACUGUCGGAUGUCCACCAAAUUUGAAGUAUCCUGGCGCUUUAUUUGAAUCACCUCACAUGGAUGAGAAUGACGUGCAGACAAUAUCACAUAAAUGUGAAGUGCUUCCACUUCCAAAUUAUACGGAAAAAUUGGGAAAGGAGCCACACAGAUAUUUGACGAUUUACGAUAACAACGACAUUUACUAUUUGGCUGGAUAUUACGAUCCAACAACCUACUUAUUGACUCUGCAACCUGGUGUUGUUUGAGAUCAGCUUAAGCUGACGAUCAAGUUAACAGGCGUUACUUAAAAUCAUCGUCAGCGCAAUUAUUGUACGAAUUCUUCGAAUCAUUGAAAUGAUCGCUGGUCGAGUGUUCUGUGGUUCAAAAAUUUGACCACAAUGAAGAUUUUUGUCGAUUUUGGCCCUGGAUGGUUGUGACAAGAGGUUUUUUUUCUGCUUUUUUUUUAAACGACGGCAACUGAAGUAUUCGACAAAUGGAGUAAAAUUCAUCAUGAAUUUUCAAAACAAGGAAAAGUUACCAAAAAAGGAAAACAAAAACGAUUUUUAUGUAAUAUAUUUUUUUCUCAAGUAAGUUUUUUUUAUUUUAAAAAUUUUUCGGAAUUUUUAUUUUUAUUCUAAUUAUAUUUGUCGGAUGUUUCAUGUUUUUUUUUAAGGAGAGAAACUUGUUAGCAAGGAUAUGAUGCAAUAAGUGUGUGGCAUUAACGAGUUAAUGAAAGUUCGUCGAUAUCGAACAUAAGUGUAAAUAUUGUACAUAAAAGAAUAGUUUCUGAGAUGUAAUUUUAAAGUUAAGCGAGACAAAAGAAAAAGAAGAAACUGGUGAGUUGUCCUUUAUGAAAAAAUGGGACAUAUAAAUACGGUAUCGAGAGAGGACAAUUUUUCAGAGAUUUACAUUGUUUUUGACUUUUCAGAUUGAGAAAGAAAAAGACGAUGUGUUUUCGCGAAUCUCGAAAAGUCAAUUGAAGUGAUAAAGAAAGACAGACACGUUAUUUGAUUCCAUUUACGAAAGCAAACAAACGAAACGGAAAAAGUUUACGGAUACCAGAAUAUUGGUGCUAUGUAAGUUUUUUUUUCGCAUAUACAUUUUUUUUUAUUCAUUUCCGUUGAUAAUUAUUGACAAAGUUUGUAAUUUACAAACUUUUUCAAGUAUUAAGUUUUUCAAUUCAAUUCUCUGCUAAAGCUUCGUUUCUCUUUAACUCAAAAAAAAGAAAGAAGGAAGGGGUUAUUUGCUUUAAAAAACCCGACUGUGCAAAAUAUUAGGAUUAAGGAUUUUUUAAGAAAUCAUUUUUUAUAUUCUGCUGACUCAUCGUGCAAGUGACUUGCGACAAAACUAAAAAAAUUCUUAACGACUUACAAUGCUUAUUAGUAGGCCCAAUUUUGUGCACGCUUGUUACCUUCGGUUAAGUAGUUUUUUUAUUUUUAUUUUUUUUUUGCAUCUUGAUUAGAGACUUUGCAAAAAAAAAAAAGCCUUGGGUGAUUUUCAAGAGUAAAAAAAGUACUUUUAUUUCGAAUAUUUUUAAUUUCUCCACAUUUUUUAUUUUUAAAUGUUUCAAAUCUAUUUCAAAUCUAAUUCACAAUUUUUUUCCAUUCGUUUUGUUUUCUUUGAAAAGAAUUUUUAUAUACAUUACCGUAAAAUUGAAAUAUUUACAAUCGUUUGAUAUUCUUAAUAUUGAAAUAUUUUUGAUAUUUUUUCCGUUAUUAAAUAGACAAUUUUAUUAUCAGACUGGUUUUUUUUGAGAGAAAUUUUAAGUUAAUGAAACAUUUGAAUUUUAAUGUUUUUUUUUAAUAAAAUGUUUUUUUUUCAUUUUUCAUUUUAAGAUUCAAAUGUAGAAAAAGUUACAUUAAUAUAAAGAAAAAAAGAUGAACGGAAAGACGUUAAAUUUCUUGAUUUCAUUUUAAAUUGUUUAUUUAUUUAUUUUUUUUUAUUGGGAUUUUUAAAAGGUUUAUAACACCCAAAAGAAAUAAGGCUAAUGCUUAAUUAAGCGACAAGGUCUAAUACGAUUUUAGUACAAACUGAAAACACAAUAAAUAUAUUAAAAGUCUCGCGAAUUUCGUUUAGUGCGAGCGACUGGCUAAGCGAGUGAGAGUUGUAAAAGAGAGAUCGCGGCAAUUAAAUAUAGCGAGAGUUAGUGCAAUUAACAGGAGGAGUACUUAGUGGUUACUUAUUAAGCUCAGUAAUUUCUAUACUUUUAUUUAGAAUACUGUAAUUCGAAAUUUACAAACUUGUAUUUUUCAAUUUUUACAAUACGAAAAUAAGCAUUUAUUUCGAAAUAAUAAUUUAAUUACAAUAGAGUAUUUUCAAAAAAUCGACAUUCGUUAAAAUUUAGUGGAACAAAAUUGUAAUUAAAAA